AUGGACCACCUUCCCUCCAAGCUGCCAUUUUCCAAGCGGCGGUUACGACCUCGCAUUAUCAUUUCAUAUAUUCUCGACUAUGUGAUCCUUGUUGCCUGUAUCGUCGGCUUCUACAUUCUCGAUUCCGUUGAACCCUUCCAUCAACCGUUCUCCCUCGAAAACAUCUCCCUGAAAUACCCCUAUGCCGUUCAUGAGACGAUUCCGAUGCCCGCGGCCCUGUGCAUAUCCGGACUGAUCCCCCUCGUUACCAUUGCCAUCUACACGCUGUUCGUCGAUGGGCUGUUCUCCCACAAUAAACCCAGGAACCCCGCGUCGGGGAAGAAGAAGUUGACCGGACCAUACCGAUUGAAAGACCGACUGUGGGAGUUCAACUGCGGCUUUCUGGGCCUGUUACUCUCGCAAGGUCUCGCGUUUGUGAUCACCCAAGUGCUGAAAAACGCCUGCGGUAAGCCACGACCGGAUAUCAUCGAUCGCUGCCAGCCGAACGUGACACAGGACCCCCAGCCGUUUGGUUUGUCGAACUAUACCAUCUGCACGGGCGAUCCAGAGAUUCUGAAGGAUGGGUUUAAGUCGUGGCCAUCCGGGCAUAGCAGUUCGUCGUUUGCGGGGUUGUUCUACUUGUCGUUGUGGUUGUCUGGGAAGUUGCAUAUCAUGGAUAACCGGGGAGAGGCCUGGAAGUCACUGUUGGUGAUGGUUCCCAUUUUGGGUGCGAUGCUUGUCGCAGUCACGCGGAUUAUGGACGCCAGACACCAUCCGUUCGAUGUGAUUACGGGGUCGUUUCUGGGCAUUGUUUGCGCCUCUGUUUCCUACCGCCAGUAUUUCCCUUCGCUCAGCGAGCCUUGGAAAAAGGGACGGGCAUAUCCGAUUCGCACAUGGGGCAGUGAGCCGGCUAACCCAUUCGACGACUCCAAUCGUCCUCCCUCCGAGUAUCGCGAGAGCACCGCCGCUCUUCGAAACCCGACUGAAGAGCGACUGGGCGAGUCCCUUACCGUGCCUCCUGCGCAAGAGCCCCCUCGCUACCCUACUCCGUCCGCAUACUCGACUCCGACCCCGGUCAAUCCUUAUACCCAUAAUACCUUCCACCAACGUCGCCAGCAUGAGCAUGAUGGGGAUUGGUCGUCGAGCAGCGAGGACCUCGCGGAUGGUUACGAGAUGCAGCAUGGAUACAUGCGGACGCAGAACCCGGGUCUGAGCACCACUCCACUUCCACAGUAUGAGGUCGACACUUCAUAUCACCGUCCGACAGAGCCGCCUAUGGUGCCGGGUGUUAGCGCCUUGCAUUCGCCUCCGGGUGUUGUGACUUCUGGGCAUGGACGGGCAUGA